CCGCGGUGGCAGCGAGGGCGGCAGCGGCGGUCGCUGCAGCCCCACACUCCGCCGCCAAACUGGAGGAGCGACGGAAGCCGGACCCCAGGAGGAUGGAGGAUGAAGCUGUCCUGGACAGAGGGGCUUCCUUCCUUAAGCAUGUGUGUGAUGAAGAAGAAGUAGAAGGCCACCACACCAUCUACAUCGGGGUUCACGUGCCGAAGAGUUAUAGGAGGAGGAGACGUCACAAGAGAAAGACAGGGCACAAAGAAAAGAAGGAAAAGGAGAGAAUCUCUGAGAACUACUCUGACAAAUCGGACGUUGAAAACGCUGAUGAAUCCGGCAGCAGCAUCCUAAAGCCUCUGAUCUCUCCUGCCGCGGAACGCAUCCGAUUCAUCUUGGGAGAGGAGGAUGACAGCCCGGCCCCCCCACAGCUCUUCACGGAACUGGAUGAGUUGCUGGCGGUGGAUGGGCAGGAGAUGGAGUGGAAGGAGACAGCCAGGUGGAUAAAAUUUGAAGAAAAGGUGGAACAGGGUGGGGAAAGAUGGAGCAAGCCCCAUGUGGCCACGCUGUCCCUCCACAGCUUAUUCGAGCUGAGGACGUGUAUGGAGAAAGGAUCCAUCAUGCUCGACCGGGAGGCUGCUUCUCUCCCACAGUUAGUGGAGAUGAUUGUUGACCAUCAGAUUGAGACAGGCCUAUUGAAACCUGACCUUAAGGAUAAGGUGACCUACACUUUGCUCCGGAAGCACCGGCAUCAAACCAAGAAAUCCAACCUUCGGUCCCUGGCUGACAUCGGGAAGACAGUCUCCAGUGCAAGUAGGAUGUUUACCAACCCUGAUAAUGGUAGCCCAGCCAUGACCCAUAGGAAUCUGACUUCCUCCAGUCUGAAUGACAUUUCUGAUAAACCGGAGAAGGACCAGCUGAAGAAUAAGUUCAUGAAAAAACUGCCACGUGAUGCAGAAGCUUCCAACGUGCUUGUUGGAGAGGUUGACUUUUUGGAUACUCCUUUCAUUGCCUUUGUUCGGCUACAGCAGGCUGUCAUGCUGGGCGCCCUGACUGAGGUCCCCGUGCCCACAAGGUUCUUGUUCAUUCUCUUAGGGCCUAAGGGGAAGGCCAAGUCCUACCACGAGAUUGGCAGAGCCAUCGCCACCUUGAUGUCCGACGAGGUGUUCCAUGACAUCGCUUAUAAAGCAAAAGACAGGCACGACCUCAUUGCGGGCAUUGAUGAGUUCCUAGACGAAGUCAUUGUCCUUCCACCUGGGGAGUGGGAUCCAGCCAUCCGGAUAGAGCCCCCUAAGAGUCUUCCAUCGUCUGACAAAAGGAAGAACAUGUACUCGGGUGGCGAGAACGUGCAGAUGAACGGGGACACGCCCCACGACGGGGGGCACGGCGGAGGCGGCCACGGGGACUGCGAGGAGCUGCAGCGAACCGGACGGUUCUGCGGUGGGCUAAUCAAGGACAUAAAGAGGAAAGCACCAUUUUUCGCCAGCGAUUUUUACGAUGCUCUAAAUAUUCAGGCUCUUUCGGCGAUUCUCUUCAUUUAUCUGGCAACCGUAACGAAUGCCAUCACUUUUGGAGGACUGCUUGGGGAUGCCACUGAAAACAUGCAGGGCGUGUUGGAGAGUUUUUUGGGCACUGCUGUCUCGGGAGCCAUCUUUUGCCUUUUUGCUGGUCAACCACUCACUAUAUUGAGCAGCACUGGACCUGUCCUGGUUUUUGAGAGGCUUCUAUUUAAUUUCAGCAAAGACAAUAAUUUUGACUAUUUGGAGUUUCGCCUUUGGAUUGGCCUGUGGUCAGCCUUCCUGUGUCUCAUUUUAGUAGCCACUGAUGCCAGCUUCUUGGUUCAGUACUUCACUCGUUUCACGGAAGAGGGCUUCUCUUCCUUGAUUAGCUUCAUCUUUAUCUACGAUGCUUUCAAGAAGAUGAUCAAGCUAGCAGAUUACUACCCCAUCAACUCCAACUUCAAAGUGGGCUACAAUACUCACUUUUCCUGUGCCUGUGUGCCGCCUGACCCAGUUAAUAUCUCAAUGUCUAAUGAAACCACGAUGGCCCCAGAAGAUUUGCCAACUAUUUCUUCUACUGACAUGUACCAUAAUGAUACCUUGGACUGGGCCUUUUUGUCGAAGAAGGAGUGUUUGAAAUACGGAGGAAAGCUCGUGGGGAACAACUGUUAUUUUGUUCCUGAUAUCACACUCAUGUCUUUCAUCCUCUUCUUGGGAACCUACACCUCUUCUAUGGCUCUGAAAAAAUUCAAAACUAGUCGUUAUUUUCCAACCACAGCAAGAAAACUGAUCAGUGAUUUUGCCAUUAUCUUGUCCAUUCUCAUCUUUUGUGUGAUAGAUGCGCUGGUAGGUGUGGACACUCCAAAACUAAUUGUGCCAAGUGAGUUCAAGCCAACAAGUCCAAACCGAGGUUGGUUCGUUCCACCGUUUGGAGGAAACCCCUGGUGGGUGUACCUUGCCGCUGCCAUCCCUGCUUUGCUGGUCACCAUUCUGAUUUUCAUGGACCAGCAAAUCACAGCUGUGAUUGUAAACAGGAAAGAACACAAGCUCAAAAAAGGAGCUGGGUAUCACUUGGAUCUCUUCUGGGUGGCCAUCCUCAUGGUCGUGUGCUCCUUCAUGGCUCUUCCAUGGUAUGUAGCUGCCACUGUCAUCUCCAUCGCUCACAUCGACAGUUUGAAGAUGGAGACAGAGACUUCUGCACCUGGAGAACAGCCGAAGUUUCUAGGAGUGAGGGAACAAAGAGUCACUGGAACCCUUGUGUUUAUUCUGACUGGUCUGUCAGUCUUUAUGGCUCCCAUCUUGAAGUUUAUUCCCAUGCCUGUACUCUACGGCGUGUUCCUGUACAUGGGGGUAGCAUCUCUUAACGGCGUGCAGUUCAUGGAUCGUCUGAAGCUGCUUCUGAUGCCCCUGAAGCAUCAGCCCGACUUUAUCUACCUGCGGCACGUGCCCCUGCGCAGGGUCCACCUGUUCACGUUCCUGCAGGUGUUGUGCCUGGCCCUCCUCUGGAUCCUCAAGUCAACUGUGGCCGCCAUCGUCUUUCCAGUCAUGAUCUUGGCACUUGUGGCUGUCAGAAAAGGCAUGGACUACCUCUUCUCCCAGCACGACCUCAGCUUCCUCGACGAUGUCAUUCCAGAAAAGGACAAGAAAAAGAAGGAGGAUGAGAAGAAAAAGAAAAAGAAGAAGGGGAGUCUGGACAGUGAUAAUGACGACUCUGACUGCCCAUACUCAGAAAAAGUUCCAAGUAUUAAAAUUCCAAUGGACAUCAUGGAACAGCAACCUUUCCUAAGCGAUAGCAAACCUUCCGACAGGGAAAGAUCACCAACAUUCCUCGAACGCCACACAUCAUGCUGAUAAAAUUCCUUUCCUUCAGUCUCUGGGUUUGCCAAGUCCUCCUAGAACUCCAGUAAAAGUCGUGCCUCAAAUUAGAAUAGAACUUGAGCCUGAAGACAAGGAUUAUUUCUGGAGGAGCAAGGGAACAGAAACUACAUUGUAACCUGUUUGUCUUUCUUGAAACUGACAGUUUUGUUGUUAAUGUUCUUGGGGUUUAUUUUUUUUUGUCUGGCUGUUUGUUUAUUUUUUAACUUUUGUUUCAGUUUUUGGUCACUGGCCAAAUAAUACAGCGCUAGACUCUCUCUCUGCUUCUCUCUUGCAUAGGUAAAAUCAAGACAAUAGUGUACCAUUCCUUAAAAACAGCAUAUGAGGAAUCCCCCUUUUGUUCCUAAACUUCCAGAUGUGUCCUCUGACAACCAAAUUCCUGUAUCACUCAAGACACGCACAGACCCUGUCCUUUUCCUCUAUUAAGCAGAGGGCAAAAGUAUUAAGGAUUUUACAAACACCUUUUAUUAAAAUGUUGAAGGAACUUACAACUUCAGCUUUGGAGCUAUGCUAACUGGCUUGUCUUUGUCUGGUAGAACAAACCUUGACCUCCAGACAGAGUCCCUUCUCACUUAUAGAGCUCUCUGACCGGGGAAAAAAAGUGCUGCUAUUCUAACUUGCUCUUGCUUUAAACCCUAAUCUUAGAGUUAUCAAAAGAAGAAAACUUAAAGGUACUUUACUCCCUAUAGAGAAACCAUUGCCAUCAUUGUAGCAAGUGCUGGAAUGUCCCUUUUUCCUAUGCAACUUUUUUUAACCCUUUAACGAACUUAUCUGUUGAGUAUAUUGAAGAAUAUUUUUCUUCCUAGAUUUUGUUGUUUAAAUUAUGGGGCCUAACCUGCAACUUAUUUUUUGUCAAUUUUUAAAACUUUUUUUUAAUUACUGUAAAGAAAAUGAAUUUUUUCCUGCAGCAGGAAACAUAGUUUUGAGUAGUUCUACCUCUUAUUUGUAGCUGCCAGGCUUUCUGUAAAAAUUGUAUUGUAUAUAAUGUGAUUUUUACACACACAUACACAAACACAAACACACAAUCUCUAGGGUAAGCCAGAAGGCUAGAUCAGAUGAAAAACACCAUGUUUCUAAGCAUCCAUUUUUCCCUUUCUUUAAAAGAAAUUUAACUGUUCUAUGAAGGAGAUUGAGGGAGAAGAGAUAAACUCCUCUAUAAUGGGAAUAACUGAUGUUCUGAUAACAGUAGUAUCUGGGUACAGAUGUUGACUGUAUUACCAUGUCUGAUGUCCUAUGCAGUAUUGUUAGACAAUUUUUUCAUUUUGAAGUAUUUGUGUGUUUGUGUAUGUGCUCUGUGUGUGGCUGGUGCACAUAUGUGCAAAGUUGGAAAGAAAAGAGUGACAGGCAAAGGGCAAAGUUGUCAAGUCUCUUGUGCCAGUUUCCAUAAAACCCAAACCACAUGUGAAAAAUCCAUUGGGGGGGUCCAAGAAAUUUACCAUUAUGCAAAUGAGGUUGAACAUAUUUUAUUACCCAUAUUGUCAGUCACCAUUAUUGAUACAGUGGCUCAUAUUAACAGUACAAAAUCUGUAGGAGUGUUAAUAGCCCAUUGGCACAUCUAUAAAGUGUUAUAGGAAAGCAGAUAGAUCUGCAGAGUUAGAUGUGCAUCCACUUUUAACAGUAAUCUCACAUUUUUUUUAGGAUGCAAAGGCAAUUAUUCUUUGAAAUUGGGACAUUUAGAAUGUAUUUGUAUACAUAUGUAUGUAUGUGUGUUUCAAAGUACCAGAUUGAAAAUUAGACCUUUAUUAACCAAAUUAAAUAUGGUAUUUAAAUGCAAUGUUUUGAACAGGUACAUUAUGUAUUAUGAAUGUAUGUUAAAAAUAAUAUUUUAAUGUUGAAUCUAUAAUUUUGGAUUCAUGUAACCACAGUUGUGAUAUAUCCUAACUAUAACUGAUUAUAGGAGGAGUACUAGAAGCAGAAUGAAACCAUUUAUUUUGGUUUUAUGAUAUGUACUUAUUGACUCCCACUCAUUUUUAUAUUAACUAAAUUAUAAAUCUGUCCUUGACAUUUUGAUUAUAAAAAAAUUUUAUUAUCCAGAGUUAGCUGUUACUUUUGCAGUAUCUGAUAAUCUUAAAACUUUUAAUUUUAUACAAAUUAGACAUAAAUGACCCUAAUUUUUUCAUUAAAAUGGUAGUGGCAAAUUACAUAUUAUUGUGUUAAAAUCUCACAUGCCAGCUUUUGGCAUCACAUUUGUAUCUAGAGCUAUCCUUAAAACGAUUAUUCUGUAUUAUCUAGUUUUCUGGUACUCUAAUAUAGAGCUGUAUGAGAAGUUUCCCCUUUUAUUACUGAUAGAAGCAUUAAUAAAAUGUUUAAAAACUAUCCAUGCAUAAAAAUUCAGCCUAACCUAUGAUUUUGUUAAAGGCAUUUAUGUUUACUUUUAUAAAAGCUCUAGAUAUAAUAUAUUUUUUUUCUGAUCACAAAUCAAGUAUUUGCAGAUUCAUGCCUCCUCCAUACCUUUCAAAGAAUUCCUGAAGCAACGUAGCUCAUCAUUUCGGGCUUUAGGUAUAAUAGCUGUAAAAGCUCUGUGCACCUCCAUUCAUCAUCUGUACUCUGUGACAGAAGGCUGGUGUUCAUGAUACGAAUGUAGAGUAGUACCUUAUAUUUGCUAACUCAACAGGUAAUAUCAAACCUUCUCAAUGUUUACCAGAACCUAGGGAAGUUUUUAAAAAAAUCAUUACUUUCAAAGGAACAGACAUAGUUCCCAAACUAACAAGCAAAGCCUGAGGGACACCUAGAGCCACCAAAUUAUCUGGAUUUUAACUGAAUGUACUCAUUGACGAAGACCUGGCCAGAUUUUGGAGUGGUUUUGUUUCUAUGUAAACUGGACACAAAUUACAACAGUACAUUUUUUAUACAGUGUUUCUCCUUCUCCCCCUGAUACGAGUUCAGAGAUAAAAGAUUCCAGUUGCUUGAAGUAAGGGCUAAGCACAAUCAGAGUUGUUAACCAGAGUCCUGUUUGUGGUUGUAGAAACUUGUUGUUGGAAGGAAGCCAUGAGUAGGCCGAGUGUCUGCCUUAUCGGAGGAGCAAACGCCUCUGCUUUUGUGUUUGAGAGAAAAUCUCUUGGGAACACUGUUUUCCUCGAUGAAAUUCACUCUUCUCUAGGGUGGGAAAUGACUACUUGGAACCCUAAUCGAUUUGUGUGCCAUGGGCAGGAGUGUUUCUUCCUCUUCUUCAGUCCAGGUUGGGGAGUAGUUUUGGGGAGGAGACUUAGGGACUUAAGAAGUAGGCAAACAAAAGCCUCCCUCCUUUGCACCCCACCUCAGAGAAUGGGGGGAAACAAUCAUCUGCUGUCGGUAAUUCAGUUUGUGUGUAUUUUAGGCACAUGCACCAACCCACACAGAGUAAAUCUUUUAUCAGCUAUAUAUUGAUGUUUAAUAGAGAAUGAUUGUCUUCCAAGUUUUUUGGUUCUUUUUUUUUUUUUUUUUAACUGUGUUAAAGUACUUGAAAUGUAUUGACUGCUGACUAUCUUUUAAAAACAAAAUAAAACCGUUUGAGUUGUAUUUCAGAGGUUGGCAUUGUUCAGGGAUGGGACAAAGCUUUCUUCAAUCCAUUUCAUACCACUUAAUGAUUUUGGUGCAGGAACCUGAGAUGCUCUCGUUUAUAUCCUAUGAUAGUUAAGGUCUGCUCUUCACAGCAUGAGCAUGAAGCCCGGUGGCACCAGGUGACUGUGUGGAAUCAAGUGACAUUUUAUGGCACUUCACUACCUGAAGGGCCUUGGGAAUUGUCAGAUGCUGAUGUUAUUGAGCUUCAUUUGCAGCCUGAAAUUUAAAAAGAAAAGUUAUGUAACAUAUGCUCACAUUCAAGUUGCAUUUUGACCGGAAAUUUGGAUAUGCCCUAUUUCUUGGCUCAUGUCAUUGUGCUUUAUGGGUACUUACAAGAAUGAAGAAUUUCGUUUCCUAGACAAAUAUUGCAACUCAGGGCUAAAGUUAUCCAGUGAAACUUUUAGAGCCAGAAGUAACUUUGUCCCAGUCCUACAAUGUGAAAAGAGUGAAUAGUUGCCUCUUUUAAGCCAUUUUCAUGGCUGGUACGUAUUCGUACACAUUACUUUUCAGAAUCAAUACGCACUUUCAGAUAUUCUUAUUUUUAUUCUCUUAAGUCUUUAUUAACUUUGGAGAAAUGAUGCAUCUUUUUAUUUUAAAUGAAGUAGAUCAACAUGGUGGAACAAAAUGAUAAAGAACAGAAAACAUUUCAAUAUAUUACUAAUAAUUUUUUUCCAAUAUAAAACCUAAAAUUCCUAUAACAUUAUAGUAUUUUACAGUUUUAUGAAGCUUUCUAUUGUGACUUUUAUGGAAUUAAGAGAUGAAGAAGAUGAGAUAUUUUAGCAUUUAUAUUUUUCAAAAUUAUAUGUAUACUUAAAAUAAAGUAACUUUAUGCAUUUA